AUGGGCCGAGGCGCGCGCGCGCUGCUGCUGCUGCUGGGCCUGCUGCAGGGGGCCGGGGGCGGCGCGGGCAGGAAGGCCUGGCGGCGCCGCGGCCAGCAGCCCACCCCGCCGCGAGCCGAGGCGGCGCCCGCGGCCGCGCCGCCCGUGGAGAGCUUCCCGCUGGACUUCACGGCCGUGGAGGGCAACAUGGACAGCUUCAUGGCGCAGGUGAAGAGCCUGGCGCAGUCGCUGUACCCCUGCUCCGCGCAGCAGCUCGGCGAGGACCUGCGCCUGCACCUCCUGCCCAACGCGACGGCGACCUGCAACGACGGCAGCCCCGCCGGCUACUACCUGAAGGAGUCCAAGGGCAGCCGGCGCUGGCUGCUCUUCCUGGAAGGCGGCUGGUACUGCUUCAACCGCGAGAACUGCGACUCCCGCUACAGCACCCUGCGGCGCCUCAUGAGCUCCAAGGACUGGCCGCGCACGCGCACAGGCACCGGCAUCCUGUCCUCCCAGCCUGAGGAGAACCCGCACUGGUGGAACGCCAACAUGGUCUUCAUCCCCUACUGCUCCAGUGACGUGUGGAGUGGGGCCUCGCCCAAGUCCGACAAGAAUGAAUACGCCUUCAUGGGCGCCCUCAUCAUCCAGGAGGUGGUGCGGGAGCUGCUGGGCAGGGGGCUGAGCGGGGCCAAGGUGCUGCUGCUGGCGGGGAGCAGCGCGGGCGGCACCGGCGUGCUGCUGAACGUGGACCGCGUGGCCGAGCAGCUGCAGGAGCUGGGCCACGCCGCCAUCCAGGUGCGGGGCCUGGUGGACUCGGGCUGGUUCCUGGACAACAAGCAGUACCACCGCACCGACUGCGUGGACACGGCCACCUGCGCGCCCACCGACGCCAUCCGCCUGGGCAUCAGGUACUGGAACGGGCUGGUCCCCGAGCGCUGCCGGCGCCAGUUCCAGGAGGGCGAGGAGUGGAACUGCUUCUUCGGCUACAAGGUCUACCCCACCCUGCGCUGCCCCGUGUUCGUGGUGCAGUGGCUGUUUGACGAGGCGCAGCUGACGGUGGACAACGUGCACCUCACGGGGCAGCCGGUCCAGGAGGGCCAGUGGCUGUACAUCCAGAACGUGGGCCGGGAGCUGCGGCAGACGCUCAAGGACGUGGCCGCCAGCUUCGCCCCCGCCUGCCUCUCCCACGAAAUCAUCCUCCGGAGCCACUGGACGGAGGUGCAGGUGAAGGGGACCUCGCUCCCGCGGGCGCUGCACUGCUGGGACAGGAGCCUGCACGAGGGCCUCAAGGGCAGCAAGGCCCCCCUGAAGGGCUGCCCCGUGCACCUGGUGGACAGCUGCUCCUGGCCCCACUGCAACCCCUCCUGCCCCACCAUCCGCGACCAGUUCACGGGGCAGGAGAUGAACGUGGCCCAGUUUCUCAUGCACCUGGGCUUCGACGUGCAGACCCUGGCCCAGCAGCAGGGCCUGGAGCCCAGCAAGCUGCUGGGGAUGCUGAGCAGCGGGAGUUAG